CCGUCAGAAGCAGAGAGCGUCUUUACUCACGCAAAGAUUCAACCAGCCCGGACAUUUAUCUGAAACUUGACUGUCAGCGGACACUGGAAGGACUUUCGUUCAGAUCUGGAUUACUGCUUUAUUUGGACUUUAUCUUCUGGAAUUUAAUCGGACCGCCGCCUCAUAACGAGCGCUGUGGAUUUAUCUUUCUACCCUGGAGCUGGUGGAAUAUUAUUCUGACUUCAACAUGACUCUGGAGGAAGUCGUUGGAACCAACAGCACCGACAAAAAGAUGGAGACGGUGAGUCAGGCUCUGGAGGAGUUGCUGGUCGUGGCUCAGCGGCAGGACUGCCUCACGGUGGGAGUCUACGAGUCCGCCAAACUCAUGAAUGUAGAUCCGGAUAGUGUGGUCCUGUGCCUCCUCGCCACGGAUGAGGAGGAUGAGGACGACAUCGCCCUGCAGAUCCACUUCACGCUGCUUCAGGCUUUCUGUUGCGACAAUGACAUCAACAUCCUGCGAGUGUCCGGCAUGAGACGGCUAUCUCAGGUGCUGGGGGAGGACACCGAGGACAGCAACGGCAACGAGCCCCGGGACCUGCACUGCAUCCUAGUCACUAACCCUCCGGUGCAGCCGCUGCAGUGUCAGGCCCUGCAGGACGUCAGCAGCUUCUGUGAAGAGAGCCGCUGCAGGAAUCAGUGGGUGCCCUGCCUAGAGUUGCAGGACGGCUGACUGUAUCCGGGUAAUGCCGAACCGAACCAAGCCGCCGUGGAGCGGUGAGAAUGAGUUGGAUUAACCUCAAACGGCCAGUCCUCCUGGGAAAGGAGGAGCAACGGCGUUUGAGAAAUGCAGCAAGACCCCGACCGAACCGCGGGAGCUCUCCUGCUGCGUGAAUGGGUUGACUGAUCUGGUUUGGGGCAGCGCGCAAUGAAUGGUCGGUUUCGGAUCUGAAAGCCGGACCGAAACGUGCUGAAGGAGCUGUGAUGGUGGAGCUGCAGAGAAGGUGGAGGAGGUUGUUUUAAUGAAACUGCACGCUGAGUGACUGAACUGAUGAAUGAACACACUGAAGAGUUGCACGUGGAGAUGUGAAAUGUGCUGCAGGUGUUCAGCUCACCUGUGCGCAUGCUCCUGGACUUUGUCAUGAAUUACCAUCACUUUCAGACACAAUGACUGUAUGUCUAAGUGUGCCGAAUAUUGUUCAGUGAAAAGUGAAUCUGUGUUGACUUGAUCUGUCUGAUAAAUAAAUUGUUGAUGAAUACA